UCAUGGCUUGCGUUCGAUACACUAUGGCAAUGAAGCCUACAGCAAAAACCAAAUGUGUGGUUUUUCCGUCCCAAAAACCAAAGUUCAGGAAAAAUUUGGAAACGUUGAUUACUAAAUGUAAUUGUACAGAAGAAAGAGACGAGGGCGUGGGUGAUUCAUGUAUAUUGCGUUGUAUAAGUUUUUUUUUUCUACUAUACUUAAUUCACAUAUAGCUUUGGAUUUUCAUAAUUCUGCUGUGCAAAAAUUGGAUAUACAUUUGAAGUGGAUGCUGAGUCAUGAUAUAUAUCAUCGGCAAUCGGGAUAUAGAUGAAAUUUGCCAUACUAGACACGGCGUCUCCUCUGCUUCAAGCUGUGUGGUAUACAGUGAUGUGGGGCCAUCGGACUCUGAUGUUUCUAUAAAACUAAAGAAAAGGAGGAUAUCUUAUUGUCCAAGUUCUUUGUCAAAUUGGCUUUUGGGUGAGAGAGAAAUUCCUUUGCCUACUUUAAAGUUUUCCGAUUAUUUUAUAGAACCUUGCCUGGAAGAACUAGCCACUUGGGAGUUUGGAGAUCCUGGCUAUUUGAGUCGAGUUCAGAAUUUUACAGUGGGGAGGUUCGGUUAUGGGUUCGUUAAGUUUUUAGGAGAGACAGAUGUUAGAGGGUUGGAUUUAAAUGAACUUGUUAAGUUUGGAAGGCAUGAGCUAGUUGUAUAUGGAGAUGAAAGCUUGAAGCCUUCGGUUGGCCAAGGACUCAACAAAGCUGCUGAGGUUACCUUGGUUCUACAAAUUGGAUCACUUGAUGAGGGCCAACUGGAUGAUAUGGUCACAAGAUUAAGACGGAGCACAGAAAGACAAGGAGCCAGCUUCAUUUCGUUUAAUUCUACAAAAUGUGAAUGGAAAUUCUUAGUUCAACAUUUUAGUAGAUUUGGUCUGAGUGAAGAUGACGAGGAAGAUAUCACUAUGGAUGAUGCCCCGGCAGUUCAAGAUCCCACAAUGGAAAAUGUUGGGGAGGUUUCUGACGUUGAUGAAGAACCUCGAGUUAAUCCAAUUGGGCCUGACCUUUCUCAUUCUCUUCCUGCCCAUCUUGGCCUUGACCCGGCAAAGAUGAAUGAAAUGAGAAUGUUGAUGUUUCCUAAUGACGAAGAGGAGCUCGAGUAUGUCAAUGAGAUACCUCCUGGAAAGUCAUCCUUAAGCAAAGAUUAUGCAAGAUCAUCCUUUCAGAGCUCUACCCAGAGAAUGACUCAUAAAGUGAGUCCUCCGGUUGCACGGAGGACACCGUUACCUUUGCUCGAGUACAAACCUCGUACUGCUGACUCUAGCUCUGCAGGAGCCAUUUUUUUGACGCAACAAAAUAAGGAUAUGCCUUUGAAGGCAACAAGAGUGGAUGGGUUUAAGCUGGACACAACGCGUGAGACCCCUUUAACUGGACACUAUUCGAGGAAUAUUGUUGAUGCUGGCCUUUUUAUGGGUAGGUCAUUCCGAGUUGGUUGGGGUCCAAAUGGUGUCCUUGUCCACUCAGGUACACCUGUGGGUAGCAAGGACUCACGGAGGGUUUUAUCUUCUGCAAUUCACAUAGAAAAGGUUGCGAUUGAUAAAGCUGUUAGAGAUGAGAGCAACAAAGUCAGGAAGGAGUUGGUUGAGUUGGCUUUUGAUUCCACAUUGAAUUUGCAUGAGACAUUAAAUCACAAAACAAAAGAAGUUGAGGUUGGGUCUUUCAAACUGAAGCUUCAAAACUUGGUUUGCGACCGCUUAACACUUUCAGGAGUUUGCCGAAACUACAUAGAUAUUGUGGAGAGACAGUUGGAGGUUUCUGGGUUGUCUUCAUCUGCCAAAGUGAUUUUGAUGCACCAGGUGAUGGUCUGGGAGUUGAUAAAAGUUCUUUUUUCUGAAAGAGAGAAUAGUGGACAGUCAAAAUCAGUAGGUGCUGACAAUGAGGAAGAUGUGAUGGAGGAUAUCAAAGAUGGUUCACCUGAAGUUGACCCUGAAGCACUUCCUCUUAUUCGAAGAGCAGAGUUCAGUUACUGGUUGCAAGAGUGUGUUUGCCACCGUGUACAGGCAGAAAUAAGCUCAAUAAGUGAGUCGAGUUAUCUAGAGCAUCUGUUCUUACUUUUGACUGGCCGACAGCUGGAUGCUGCUGUGGAGCUGGCUGCUUCUAAAGGAGAUGUAAGGUUGGCUUGUUUGAUCAGCCAAGCAGGUGGUUCCCUAGUAAACCGUUCUGACAUCUCUCGACAGCUUGAUCUUUGGAGAACUAAUGGAUUGGACUUCAGUUUUAUCGAGAAAGAUAGAGUAAGAAUUUUGGAAUUGCUUGCUGGCAACAUUGGAGGUGCUCUGCGUGAUAUUGGAAUAGACUGGAAGAGAUUUUUGGGGUUAUUGAUGUGGUACCAACUGCCACCGGACUCCUCGUUGCCCAUUAUAUUUCAAACUUACAAGCAACUCCUUAAUAAUGGAAGAGCUCCUUAUCCUGUCCCCGUGUAUAUUGACGAAGGAGUGGCAGGAGAGUCGGUGACUCAGACUAAGGAGGAACGGUUCGACUUCUCAUAUUAUCUUAUGCUUCUGCAUUGUAAUCAAGAUAAUGAAUUUGGCUUGCUGAAGAGAAUGUUUAGCACGUUAUCUUCGACAAAUGAUCCGCUCGACUACCAUAUGAUCUGGCAUCAGCGUGCUUUACUUCAAGCAGUUGGAGCUUUCAGUGUAAAUGAUCUUUAUGUUCUUGACAUGGGACUUGUUUCACAAUUGCUCUCUCUGGGCCAAUGUCACUGGGCCAUCUAUGUAGUCCUUCACAUGCCUUAUCAAGAGGACUAUCCAUAUCUACAGGCCACUGUAAUUCGUGAAAUUUUGUUUCAAUACUGUGAAACAUGGAGUUCAGAAAAGUCGCAGGAGCAAUUUAUUGAAAAGUUGGGUGUCCCAUUGGCUUGGUUGCAUGAGGCAAAGGCAGUUUAUUUUAACUACCAUGGAGACAUCUUGAAAUCUUUGGAGCAUUUUCUUCAGUGUUCGAAUUGGCCAAAAGCACACUCUAUCUUUGUGACUUCAGUUGCACAUUCGUUAUUCUUAUCAGCAAAGCAUUCAGAAAUAUGGAGGUUGGCAUCUUUGAUGGAGGAACACAAGUCAGAAAUUGAAAACUGGGACUUAGGCGCGGGGAUUUACAUAUCAUUUUAUUCAAUAAAAAGUGCUUUGCUGGAAGAUGAUGAUAGUAUGAAUGGAUUGGACUCGCUUGUGAGCAAAAAUGCUGCCUGUAAGAAUUUCCUUGAUCAAUUAAAUGAGUCAUUGGCGGUUUGGGCAGGCAGAUUACCUCUAGAAGCUAGAGUUGCAUACUCAAAGAUGGCCGAGGAGAUCUCGAGUCUGCUUAUAUCAGACAUAUCCGAGGAUCCAACAAGGGAUCUUCAGCUAAGCUGCUUUAGAAAUGUUUGCAGUGCUCCGGUUCCCGAAGAUCUUCAGGCGAAUCAUUUGCAAGAUGCAGUGGCCCUGUACGCUUGUUAUCUGUCGGAGUUGGCUUCUUGAAGUUGUUCUCUCGUUCUGGGUAUGGACUUUCUAGCUUAGCUGAGUGUUGUACAUGUAAACAGGGUCUUGGCUUUUAGUCAUCUUCCAGUGUAAAAAUAUUUGGAGAGAAUUGGAGCGGAUUCGGAAGCAACUUGUUUUUUAUGUCGAGUGUGCGUCGCGGUGGCAACUUGCUGUGUCAUUUAGAUUUGAUUGCUGAUGGAUCAAUCCCAUUUGUACGGAAGAAUGGACUUUCCUGGUUGAUUUACAUGGCAUUGGCAUUUGGUGCCUCUGAUUAA